AUGGCUGUACCGUAUGGAAAGCUAAGAUACAUGAAUGUUGCUCAGGGGCAGAGCUUACUUAAAGAAUACGAAGGGUUCGAAAAGUGUGAUGAUGUGUGGCGGCUAUGGGAGAGUGAAACCGAAACGUAUAGAGUUCUUCACGACAAAGAGGAAGAAAUAAAGCGUAGUGGCCCAGAUCCCGGACGCAGCCCAUUUCGCAACAUACCUAGAUACUACUGGUCGUUCCGACAAGGAUCCAAAGCAACGCUCGUUAUUGAGUACGCUAAUGGGGAGACUCUGAAGCAGUAUUUUAAAGACAACUCAAAGGGGCUCGAGUCGUCGGGAUGUACGGAGUUUUGGCAGCAAAUCUUUGGUCUACUAGAUGCCAUCGCGAUGAUUCAUAACAAUGCCAAGGAGCGAGAAUCCGAAGGGCAACGACUAGCUAGAAUUCACCAAGAUAUCAAACCGGAAAACAUCCUCUUAUUCUACGAAGGCGAAAGGAAGUCUGGGUCGGGUCCUCCAUCGCUUUUCAAACUUACCGAUUUUGGUCGCAGUCACACUAGAGUGGUGAACGAAAAGGAUAAUGAUCAAGGGGGCAGGGACAACGGGGCAAAUAAGAUGUAUUCUGCACCGGAGUGUUGCGAUAUCGACGGAAGGAGAGGCAUUUCACACGACAGAGUAGGCCCAAAAGCAGACAUAUGGUCUAUAGGCGCGGUUUUCAGCGAGACUCUAGUGUGGAGUUUGAGAGGCGAAGCUGGGAUAAACCAGUACUGGGAGAAGAGGUGCGAGCAAACUAAAGAUACUAGACUAGACGCAGCAGGCUAUGGCGCUUGCUUCCACGACGCGACUGCACGCCUCAAGGCUGUCGAUCAAAUGCAUCAGGUUUGCAUUAGGGACCCAGAACAAGGGGCUGAUGAAAUAUUUCAUCAAGUUGACGAUAUCGUUCUAAAUCACAUGCUCCAACCAGAAUCUAAUCGUCUUGACGCUCACCAACUUCUGAAUCGUUGGCAUAUGCGUGGAGGCGUCAACCAGCUGGGACCGAUUGAGCUACCUUUGAUUAAUCUACCGGAUAUAUCCGGCUCAGAGCCGCGUGAGAGUCAGCAGCAAAGUGGCUCUCCAGAGAUUUCAGCUGUGCCGGAACAAGUACAACAUACCGGAUCUAGCUCUAUACGAAUGGAAGAUGUCGAAAAUAUUGCUUUUUUAUACGAAAAGUUGCAAAUUCAAGGAUCUAGGUUUCGAUCCAAGUACCUUCAUGUGUCGCCGAGCUUCAAGCAGAAUGAGUCUCCAAGCAUCCAGAAAGAGGACAGGCAUCUUCAACGAACUGAACAAAUAUUUUUGAUUGAUGAUACGAUUUCUAUGAGACACAACAAGGAUGCCGUUUGCAAAACAAUACGCGUAUUCGGAAAAAUCGCCAAACAAAUUACGCCAAAAAAUAUACCUGUCCUAGUAAAAAGUGCUUCCAAUGAUAUUACCGUAUCGACAAACAAGACCAAAAACUUGGAAAAGGAAGUUUGGGAUCUAAUAUUCGAUUCCAAUGAGACUGACUUGAAUUACUGCCUUGGUGAAUUAGUGACCAAGAUCGUGUGUAAUUCUCAAUCUGCCACUCUCUUUAUAUUAACAGAUGGAAACUGGGACUCCUCUACGUGCCAACUCCAUGAACAAAUCAAAAGCCUAUCCAAACACAUAGAAGACAAUAACCUAGAUAUUACCAAGUUUUCUAUCCAAUUCAUCCUUUUUGGAGAGGGGUCCAUGGAGAAGGAGUUGCCUAUAUACUAUGCUGAAAACUACCGAAUUGUAUCUAGGUAUCACUACGAUGAGCCUGUAGUUUCUUUUUUCAGGGCAGCCGCCGAAAGUAGUCGACGUAGCUUGAUGAGUGGACACGCGGAACCUUCAACUAGAUCAGCGUUACUGAUCUCGAGCUCAGCCAUCCAAUACGGUUAA